AUGGUUAUUAAACUUUGUUUGUCAACCAAAUUUCAUCCAUAUCCUUACAGCAUGGAAGUUGAAGAUGAUGAUAUUUUAGAGGUAACUCGUCAAUGCCUGGUAUCUUUUUCUAUUGGUAAGAUCUAUAAAGAUAUGAUUUGGUAUGACGUAGUGAAGAUGGAUGCUUGUCACUUAUUACUUGGAAGACCAUGGGUGUAUGAUAGGUGUUCUAAAUAUGAUGAAGACCUUAACACUUAUUCUUUUACAAAUGAUGAAUAUAAGAUUAUUUUAGUACCAUUGAAUCCCGAAGAAAUUGCUAAAAAUCUGAAGUUCAAUGAUGAUUCUUUUUUGAACAAAUUACGAAUAAUUGGUCCAAUCAAUAGAGAAAAGUCUUUGAACGUUAGUCGAAUCAAGGAGGAGAAGCAUGAACUGGAUCUACAAGUUAAGGAUUUACCUCCGAAGUUUGAUGAUGACCUGGUGGAGCAUCCCAUAUGUGAGCUUAACUUUUCACCUAAUAGAGAUGCUCAACAUAAUAUUAAUUUGAUUGUUGAUUCUAUCCUUCCAAAUGAGGCAUCAUAUUGCAUUAAUCCAGAAGUCCAUUAA